AAGAAAGAUAUUUUUUUGAGAGUGGAAUAUCUUUUUAUUGAAUAAAAUAUUAAUUAGGUCUAUUAAAAAAAAUUAAAAUAAAUAUAUAAGGAAAAAUAGGAAGAAGAAGAAGAGAAAGAGAAAGAGGUUGGUCUCUUUCAAAUUAACAAUAUAUUCUCUCUUCUCUCUGUAAUACUCUCUUUACUCUUCUUCUUCAUUCGAAUAUAUAUCUGAGAAUAAAGAUCGAAACUUUGGGAAGAAAAACUAUGGAUCAUCAAGUUAUUAUGCAGAGGCCGAAGACCAAGAUCGUCUGUACUCUAGGACCUGCAUCGAGGUCGGUUCCCAUGGUUGAAAAGCUUUUAAGGGCUGGUAUGAAUGUUGCUCGAUUCAACUUCUCUCAUGGAUCUCACGAAUACCAUCAAGAAACUCUUGAUAAUCUUCAACAAGCCAUGGAAAACACUGGGAUCCUCUGCGCCGUCAUGCUCGAUACAAAGGGUCCUGAGAUUAGAACUGGGUUUUUGAAAGAUGGGAAGCCUAUUCAACUAAAGAAGGGCAAUGAGAUCACAAUAUCAACUGAUUAUACUCUCAAGGGUGAUGAGAGUACUAUUUGUAUGAGUUACAAGAAAUUGGCUGUGGAUGUCAAGCCAGGGAUGGUUAUACUAUGUGCAGAUGGUACAAUUUCGUUCACUGUUUUGUCAUGUGAUGUGAAGAACGGUUUGUUGAGGUGUCGGUGUGAGAACUCUGCUGUUCUUGGUGAGAGGAAGAAUGUUAAUCUUCCUGGUGUUAUAGUUGAUCUUCCAACCUUGACUGAGAAGGACAAAGAGGAUAUUUUGCAGUGGGGUGUUCCUAACAAGAUCGAUAUGAUCGCCCUUUCUUUUGUUCGUAAAGGUUCUGACCUUGUUGAGGUUCGCAAGUUGCUCGGGAAGCAUUCUAAGAAUAUCAUGCUCAUGUCCAAGGUUGAGAAUCAAGAAGGUGUGGCUAACUUUGAUGACAUCCUUGCCAAUUCGGAUGCAUUUAUGGUUGCGAGAGGUGAUCUCGGGAUGGAGAUUCCAAUUGAGAAGAUUUUCCUGGCUCAGAAAGUGAUGAUUUACAAGUGCAACAUUCAAGGGAAACCUGUUGUUACGGCCACUCAGAUGUUGGAGUCGAUGAUUAAGUCGCCUAGGCCAACUAGGGCUGAAGCAACCGAUGUUGCCAAUGCUGUUCUUGAUGGAACUGAUUGUGUUAUGCUUAGUGGUGAAACAGCUGCUGGAGCAUAUCCCGAGCUUGCAGUUCGCACCAUGGCUAAGAUCUGUGUUGAGGCAGAGAACACCAUUGAUUACGGUGAUGUCUUCAAGAGAGUUAUGGAACACUCUCCGGUGCCAAUGAGUCCAUUGGAAAGUUUGGCUGCCACUGCUGUUAAAACAGCAAACUCAUCGAAAGCAACUCUCAUUCUAGUCCUCACCAGAGGAGGAAGCACAGCCAAACUGGUGGCCAAGUACAGACCGGGAAUGCCAAUAUUGUCUGUUGUUGUCCCCGAGCUCAAGACAGACUCUUUCGAUUGGUCAUGCAGCGAUGAAGCCCCAGCAAGGCACAGCCUCAUCUUUCGCGGUUUGGUUCCUGUUUUGAGUGCAGGGUCUUCAAGGGCAUCUUCAGCUGAGACAACCGAAGAAGCACUCGAGUUCGCCAUUCAACAUGCCAAGUCUAAGGGACUCUGCAAGAUCGGAGACUCGGUGGUAGCUCUACAUCGCGAUGGAACUGCUUCGGUGAUCAAGAUCUUGACUGUGAAGUGAGUGAUUCAUCAUCAGAUCACUUGAAUUUUUGGAUGUUCACAUUCUCAAUUUGUUUCUUUUUUGUUUAAAAGAAAAAAGGUCUUGUUUUAUUGCUGUUGGUGAAAAGGGGGGGUUUUUUUUGGAGGUGGUAAUUAAGGCCUCGGAUAUUUUGAUUUAUUUUUUGUUAUGAAUUUCUAUUUCAAGAUAGAAAAAAACAUUAUUAUUAGUCACAACCCACCAUUUAUUAUAUAUAUGCUCCGGUGAGACUGGUGAGCUGAAUUAAUCUUAAAUUAUUAUUUGUCAUUUUUCUACUUGAAA